AUGGGCGUCUACGUCAACACCGGAGGGCUCACAUUGCUCUCUCAAGGUACGGGGUAUGGACUCCUUAUUGGACUCUCUAUUCUCUUUUGCGGGGUCAUUUUGAUUGCGGUCAAGAUACAAAAGGCUUAUCUCAAAGAAGAUUCCGGAAAGUCUGAGAUGUUCAUGGUUGCGAAUCGAACAGUAGGGACGGGUUUGACGGCCUCAGCUGUCUUUUCGUCUUGGAUGUGGAUCAAUGAGACGGUUUUCGCUUGCGUUGUCGGUUACGCAUAUGGAAUUGCUGCACCAAUGUGGUACGCUACAGGCCUCGCCUUCCAAAUUGCUUUGAUGGCUGUCUUGGGUAUCAUGGCCAAAAUUCGAAUUCCUUUCGCCCACACAUCUCUUGAGAUCAUUCGGGCUCGAUACGGACGUCUGGGGCAUGUCGUUUUCAUCGUGCUGAGCUUAGCGCUGAACAUAUUCGGAUGUUCAGCAAUGAUCUUGACAGGGUCUCAACUCAUAUAUGGCGUGACGGGCAUGCAUAUUGCGGCAUCAACCAUCUUGAUCCCUGUCGGCGUGAUUCUUUACACGGCAGUAGGAGGCUUGAAGGCGACAUUCCUCACCGAUUACCUCCAUACAACCAUUGCCCUUGUUUUGAUUAUUUACUUCACCCUGGCAGUCUUAACCAAUGGACACAUUGGUGGGCUGUAUGGUCUUUACGAGAAGGUCCUCGCUACUGCAGCCGACAAUUACGUCCCAGGAAAUUACCAGGGCUCCCUUUUGACUUUCAAAUCUAAGCCUUCCAUCAUGUUCGGCUUGGUCCUGAGAUUCGGCAAUUUGGCUCUCGUUGUCAUGGAUACGGCGUUCUGGCAAAAAUCCUUCGCCACAGAGAUUGGAGCGACCGUGCCGGGAUACGACCUGGCAGCAUUGGCAAUAUUCGCAGUUCCCUGGGGCCUUGGGACUGUCCUCGGACUAUCAGCAAGAGUGAUACAGACACUACCCAUUUUUCCGACGUAUCCGAAUCCUCUGACUGAAGUUGAAGUAUUCUCGGGCUUGGUCAUGCCAUACACGCUGAAAGCGCUGCUUGGAAACGGCGCACUUGUAGGAUUCCUUUUACUUGUCUUUAUGGCAUUGACAAGUACGGUCUCUUCCUCGAUGAUUGCUGUUAGUAGCAUCUUGUCGUUUGACGUGUACAAGACCUACAUCAAUCCAGGCGCCGGAGACAGACAAAUCGUCCGCGCAAGUCAUCUUGGUGUGAUAUUCCAUGGGUUAUUCAUCGCCGGAUUCUCUUUGAUUUUGAACUACGGUGGUGCAAACAUCAACUGGCUUGCCUAUUUCCUUCCGAUCUUGACUUGUCCAGGGAUAAUGCCACUGAUACUCACCCUCUUCUGGUCCAGACAGUCCAAGCUAGCAGCGGUCGUCUCCCCUCUCAUUGGCCUGGCUACGGGCAUCUCAGUCUGGCUCGGAACAGCCCUAUCAAUAUAUGGAGAGCUUAACAUGACAACAACCCAAGCCCAGGCACCUUGUCUCUAUGGGGCGAUAACGUCCUUGUUUUCACCUGCACUCUACUCGAUCAUCAUCUCUUAUUUCAAACCCGAGCAAUUCGACUGGAAUGUCUUCAUCAAAGUCGGGCCGGUGCAAGAUCGUUCUUCCGGAGACUCUUCCUCUAAUCUAUCUGAUGAGGCUGCUCAGGGCGUUGAAGAAAAGACCGCUGUGCACACAAACUCAAACGUCAUCUCCAAAGAAAUCCUGGAUCUUGAAUCGAUCACACCCAAAGAUGGCACCGAGGCAAAGGGAGUGUCUCAUGCCGUCCCUUUUCCGGCCAGAGCAGACGACCUAUCCCAGUUGGAGCAUCCCUUUGACGCAGAAACGCUGCGGGCACUGCAUCGUUGGUACAGGGUCGCAUGGGGGAUGCUGAUCUUCACCGUGCUCAUUACGUUUGUCGCCUGGCCAAUGCCGCUCUAUCGAAAUUACAUUUUCUCAAAGAAUUUUUUCGCUGGCUGGACGACGGUGGCGAUCGCCUGGCAGUUUUUUGCUUUCUUCGUCGUCGUGGUCUAUCCCCUCUGGGAUGGUCGCCGUGCGAUUGUGACAAGUUGGCACGGUAUGCGCGCAAGCUUCGCCCAGAGAUUUCGAUGA